GGUCUCCGCCGGCAGCCGGGGUCUGCGGGUCCCGGUCCUCAGCGGCAGCGGCCGCGGCGGCGGCACCCGGCCCGGGCGGGCUGCACCCUGCGUCCUUCCUGCAAGGCGGAAGGCGCGCCGGCCGGGCCGGGAUGAGCCGACGCCUCCUGCUCGCUUCCUGUCCCCGGGCACCCGUUGUAGUCUCACCUGGUGGAACCGAGGUGACUCCGGGGCAGCGCGGGACCGGCUGAGUGUAAGCAGCCACAAAGGUGGUUCCUGACUUGCUAGGUUUUGAUUGCACUUCCUUCAUCGAUCUCCACCUCCGUCUUUACACAUUUUAAUUCUCCGUCUUGAUGGAAUAUAGAAAAUAUUUAUCCUCAGCCUGGUUGGGUUGAAAUUGAUCCUGAUGUUCUCUGGACUCAGUUUGUUGCUGUAGUAAAAGAUGCUGUCAAAGCUGCAGGAGUACAGAUGAAUCAAAUUGUUGGUCUGGGCGUAUCAACGCAGAGAGCAACUUUUAUUACGUGGAACAAGAAAACAGGACAUCAUUUUCACAACUUCAUUAGUUGGCAGGACCUAAGGGCAACUGAUCUUGUAAAAUCUUGGAAUAAUUCUCUUCUAAUGAAGUUAUUACACAGUUCCUGUCGGGUGAUUCACUUCUUCAGUCGAAGUAAACGGAUAUUAACAGCCAGUCGGUUCAAUUUUACUACCCAGCAAGCUUCUUUGAGAUUGAUCUGGAUUUUACAAAACCUGUCUGAGGUGCAGAAGGCAGUUGAAGAAGACAAUUGUUGCUUUGGGACCAUUGAUACCUGGUUGUUACAUAAGCUCACCAAAGGUUCUGCAUAUGCCACAGAUUAUUCAAAUGCCAGUACAACUGGAUUUUUUGACCCAUUUGAGUUGAGUUGGAGCAAGUUCAUCGCCUCCAUGAUCUCCUUACCACUCUCCAUCCUGCCUCCUGUGAAAGAUACAAGCCAUAAUUUUGGAUCAGUGGAUGAAGAGCUCUUUGGUGUGCCUAUACCAGUAGUUGCCUUGGUUGGUGACCAGCAAUCAGCCAUGUUUGGAGAGUGCUGCUUCCAGACAGGAGAUGUGAAAUUAACCAUGGGAACUGGAACUUUUAUGGAUAUUAAUACUGGAAAUAACCCUCAUCAUACCAAAGGAGGCUUUUAUCCAUUAAUUGGAUGGAAGAUUGGACAAGAAGUUGUUUGCUUAGCCGAAGGCAAUGCGGGAGACACGGGCACUGCCAUAAUAUGGGCUCAACAGUUAGAGCUUUUCACAGAUGCUGCUGAGACUGAAAAGAUGGCCCUGAGCCUGGAAGAUUCAGAAGGAGUGUAUUUUGUCCCAUCAUUUAGUGGAUUACAGGCUCCAUUACAUGACCCCUGUGCAUGUGCUUCUUUUAUGGGUUUGAAGCCUUCCACCAGCAAAUACCAUCUUGUCCGAGCAAUACUAGAGUCAAUAGCGUUCAGAAACAAACAAUUAUAUGAUAUGAUGCAGAAGGAAAUCCAGAUUCCUGUCACGAAUAUCCGGGCAGAUGGAGGAGUGUGCAGCAAUGCUUUUGUCAUGCAGAUGACUUCGGACUUGAUUAAUGAGAACAUAGACAGACCUGCCCACAUCAACAUGUCCUGCUUAGGUGCUGCUGCUCUAGCUGGCCUGGCUGUUGGGUUCUGGACUGGCAAGGAGGAACUACAGAGACUGAGGCGAAGUGAAGUGGUUUUCAAGCCACAGAAGAAAUGGCAAGAAUAUGAAGUGAAUAUGGAAAACUGGGUCAAAGCGGUGAAACGCUCCAUGAAUUGGUAUAACAAGAUCUAGCAAUGAGGCGAUGACCAAAACCCGACCUGCCUGGCUGGCAGGAUGUGCAGAUGAGAAAACACUCAGGGACCCUGACACAACCGUGCCUGAGAGGACAACCUUCCAAAUGAUCCCCACAA